AUGUCCCCUGAAGCGGCAACCGGCGACACCUCGAACCCACGAGAUCUCCGUUCCGCCGUCUUACAAACCACACUGCAGGAGAUAUCCUCGCGACCGGCCGACCUCCAAGACUGCUGCGUCAUCUGCCUGGAAGAGAUCACCGAAGGUUGCGAGACGCAACCGUGCCACCAUCGCAAUUUCGACUACCUCUGCCUCAUAACAUGGCUUGAGCAACAGACAGCAUGCCCGCUGUGUAAGACAGAAAUCAAGGAGGUUCGCUACGAUUUCAGCGACGACCGAAAACGAUGGAAGACAUUUGAGGUACCAGAGCGGCCACAGAACAAGGCCAACGCUGCAGGAGCUUCUCCGCCGAGCCAACAACCGAGGCGAUACUACUCCCAGACACGCCCACGACACCCACGGCCUCAUGCGCACGCAAGUCGGGCUUUCACCCCUUCUCAGGAUGGAGCGAUUGCCCGCCGGAGGGCCGUCUAUCGAAACCAGUUAUACUCGCUACAUGUCGGCUCGAACCGGAUCUCGAGAUACAGAGACCUGACGCCGCAAAUUUUCGCGUCCGAUACGGAACUUGUCUCCCGCGCGCGCACUUUUCUCCGUCGAGAGCUGCAGGUCUUCGAGUUCCUCUCCCCGGAUAUCGACGCGCGGCCCCAGGAUGCCGACCCUGUUCGACGACGGAGAGCAAACAAUGCCGAAUUUCUCCUUGAAUACAUCGUUGCGAUCCUUAAAACCGUCGAUAUGCAGGGCAGCAUGGGCCAGGCCGAGGAGCUGAUCCAGGAGUUUUUGGGAAGAGAGAACACGCGACUCUUGCUUCAUGAGCUCAGGGCGUGGUUGCGGAGUCCCUACAUGUCGCUAGAGAGCUGGGACCGCGCUGUGCAGUAUCCAGAUGUUGUCCCUAAACGGCGGCGAUCUCAAAGCCCCGGCGCAAGCAACCGCGCAGAAACUUCGGGUGGUGCCGACGGGAUCUAUCCCUCGAGUUGGAGGAGAGACGAGCGACGCAGGUACCGGCGCGAGCCCUACGAGUCACGUCGUUCACGAAAUGAUGAGAGAUUACGAGAGGCGACGGAGCGAUACACAGUUGACUAA